UGCAAACAAAAAUCAAUUUAUUUGCUGUUUAGCAUAUGGCAGGGAUAGGUAAUGUUGUUCCUGGAGUGCCGCUGUCCUGCAGAAUUUAGCUCCAGCCUUAAUUAAACACACCUGAACAAGCAAAUCAAUGUCUGCAGGAUUCCUAGGCUACAGGCAAGUCAUAUUUUUUUUUUUUUGUCAUGUAUUUUGUUUUUGGUUCGAGCUAAAAUCUGCCAGAAAGCAGCACUCGAACGGCAUUGCCUAUUCCUGAUCUAUUGUAGUUUCAUGUAACAGUUGAUGCAGAUGGCAAGAAGUAACACCCAUAACAUAUUUUUAGCAUCAGUGUUGCUGACACCACAAGCUGAAAAAAAAAAGGUUUACAGGCAACUUAAUAUCUCCGCCCAUACUCACAUUUAUAUAGUCUUUGUCAGUUAGAGCCUACUUAAUGUCUUCAUCAUGAUCAUCAUCUCUCUGCUCCUGCUGGCCUCUCUGCUGCCACACCUGACCUUCACUGCUCAUGUGGGUAUAGUGAACGGCACAGAAGCAAAACCCCACUCCAGACCUUUCAUGGUUUCUCUUCAGAAGAACUGGCGACAUAUUUGUGGUGGAUUCCUCAUUUCUGAUAGAUUUGUUAUGACCGCUGCGCAUUGCUGGAAAAAUGAAACCCUAACAGCUGUGGUUGGCGCACAUGAGCUAAGACAGAAUGAAGGCUAUGUCCGCAUUGGUGUGAAGUCUUACCACAUGCAUCCAGACUUCAACAAGUACACUUUGGAGAACGACAUUAUGCUUUUGAGGUUAGAGAAAGAAGUCGAACAAAACAAGAAUGUAAUGAAGAUUUCCAUACCAAAAGAAAAAGCGAGAGACAUUGAAGCUGAUUCUGUUUGCCGUGUUGCUGGCUGGGGAAGACUGAGUUUUAAAGGGAAAAAGAGUUUUCGUCUCAUGGAAGCAGAAGUGAAGAUCAUGAAUAACACUGAAUGCAAAAAUAAAUGGAAAGACAAAUUCUCAGUCUCAGAGAUGAUGUGUGUCUAUGGAGAUGGAGGAAGCUGCAGUGAGGAUGGAGGAGGUCCUUUGGUUUGUGGAAACACUGCAGUCGGUGUCACUUCCUUUGGUGACCCAAAAAUCUGCAAUAGUCCUGAACGACCUGUAGUUUAUAUAAAGAUUUCACCAUAUAUUCCAUGGAUCUGCUCCGUUAUUGCAAAGGAUGAGUGAUUUUUACAAUGAAACAGAAUGAAGUAUUUUUUUAAAUGUUCAAUAAACAAACUAUGUGUCACAUA